AUGGAGGGGUGGACAGACCCUAAGGACGUCACGAACGAUCGUGACUAUGUCGAAAUCUUGGAGAUUUGGGAAGCUUGCUUAGAGGCUGCGGUCCACCACGGUAUUUUCAUCCCACCUCAAUUCAGGAAGCUCGUAGAUCUUUCUAAAAGAAAGCUUUUAAGAGGCGAGACCCACGACGAAGCUCAGGCCGAAAAGCUGGCCUCAUGGUUCACCUGUCACAGCGCUUCGCUGGAUAUAACACAUUCCAACUGGAAAGUGCGCGUCGAUGUCUUCAUCAUAAAAGACCACAACGGAAGGCAUAGGAAAGAGAUCUUCCUCAUUAAUGGAUCCGAAUUGGUUGAGUUGGUCUCGAACGACGUCGAAAGUUUUGGUGGCCAGCUAAUUGAUGCAUACUCCAAGAACGGGAGAAAACUAUUUGACAGCAAUGGGCCGCCCUCAUUGAGCCAAGCGCCACGGAGCAACGCGAAGAAGAUGUUCGACCGAGCCGAUAGAAAGAGAAGAAGGAUCAUCGAAGAGGAAUCUUCCGAAGACUCUGAGAUGCAUGACUAUUCUGGAGACGAUUCAGAAUAUGGGAACUCUGACCUGAAGCCAGAAAACCUCAUGGAAACUCCGGAACCUUUAUUCUCAGACGAUAUCCACCAAGACCAUGAACAGGCUUAUGCAGUACCAAGGGAUGCUGAUCAAGCUUUCCGAGAGCUGAAAGAAGCAAGGCAGAAGAUUAGGAUGUUGGAAGCCGAGAAGGACACUAUGGAGACAGAGCAGAAGAGUUUGAAGACCGUAAAUGAGAUGCUGUCAGGAAACAUUAGGGAGCUGGAAAAGAGACUUUAUGAAGCUGACAGCAAAAGAUGCACUCACUAG